AGGCUAAAUAUCACCCCAGACAGCAAAAUCUUUAUCUAUUCACAACAGCAUGCCUCCUAAAAUUUACGGACUUCCCAAAAUUCACAAACCAAACAUACCAAUGAGACCAAUAGUAUCCCACUCACAAUCGCCAUUCUACAACCUAUCAAAAUAUCUAUCAGGAAUACUUUCUAACAUCAUUAACAAGAAUCUAUAUUACACAAAAAACUCAUUUGAAUUGAAAAAAGAAUUAGACAAAUUGCACAUACCUCACAAUCAUAAAUUAUUUUCCUUAGAUGUCGUUUCAUUAUACACAAACAUACCAACUGUUCUGGUAUCACAAAUCUUACAUGAAAAGUGGAGUUUAAUAGAACCGUAUACAUCGAUUCCUGAAAGCGAAUUCAUUGAAGCAGUACAAUUAACGUUAGGAACGUGUUAUUUCAAGUUUGAGGAAAAUUUCUUUCAACAAAUAGACGGAGUUUCGAUGGGUAGUCCUAUUUCGAGUACGGUUGCUCAAUUGGUGAUGGAAUAUUUAGAGGAAAAAGUUUUGUCCGGAAAAAACUAUAACAUCACACUUUUCAAAAGAUAUGUUGAUGAUUGUUUAAUAAUAACAUCAGAAAAUGAGAUACAAAAAAUAAUUGAUGAUUUAAAUAGUUUCCACCCUAAAAUUCAGUUUACACUAGAAACAGAAAUGAACAACGCAAUAAAUUUUCUAGACAUGACACUUUUAAGAAUGAACAACUCAAUACAAACAAAACUUUAUAGAAAAGAAACAUGCACAGAGAGAAUAAUAGAUUACAACUCAGCACAUAUCUAUAAACAGAAGAAAGCAAUUAUGAUCGGGUACAUUGACAGAGCGCUAAAACUAACUUCACCUAUAUACAGACCCACCAUCAUACAGGACAUUACUUCACUUUUAAUGAAAAACAACUAUCCUCUACCACAAAUAAAGAAGAUAAUCAAACAUCGCACACACAAAUUAUACAACACCGAAAAUUCAAUAGAUAAAAAAGAAGAACCAAUCACAUUCAUACCAAUACCAUACGUACCUUCUCUAUCUGAAAAAAUAGAAAACAUCUUGAAACCCUACAGCAACGUAAAAAUUGCGCACAAACCACACAUUCAAAUUAAACAACUAUAUAGCAAAUUAAAAUCACCAACACCAUUAACAGAAACAUCUCAUGUAGUAUAUAAGAUCAAUUGCAAUAAUUGUGAGGGUGUAUACAUAGGACAGACGGAACAAAAACUGAAAGACAGACUGAAAGGACACAAGUACUCCAAAACACAAACAGCACUUUACAAGCACAAAACCGAGAAUGGACACACAUUCAAUUAUGACGAGACUAUAGUGUUGGACCGAGAAAAAAAUAAAAAAUCUAGAGAAAUUCUCGAAAUGAUCCACAUAAAACAAAAUGAAAAAUCCAUUAAUGACAGAUCAGACAUUAGAUACCUUCACAACAUCUACUCCACUAUUUUGAACAAUCUCAAAUAAGCCGACCAACAAAAACAAACAAGAAGAAGAAAUCAUUAUUGACGUAACAACUCCAAUAUCAUUUGAAAUCAUAACCCCAAUGACAUCCAACAAAUAAGUUGGGAAAUAACUUAAAAUGAAUUAUAAAGGCUAGAAAAAGGGUACUGCCCGAAACGUUGCCAAUCACCAUUAUAUUUUAAAUAAUAAUAAACCCUGCAUAUCAAAUACAUUUAUUCUUUCAUAAAGCACACAUGGUAAAUACUUAUCAUUCGAUAU